AGCUGCUGCUAAGGAUCUCCACGAGUUCCGAGGGAAUUGCGAUCGUCCCGUGUUUGCGAAGAGCUUAAGCCAGAAAAAAAUGUUUCCAGACGAGCCGAUAACGAGAAUUAUCUCCGAGUAUACAAACGGAGCGUAUCGGUGAGGUUGCCUUGACUUUAACGACAAAGUUUGGUAGGGAAUCCAGAGGAGAGGUGGCUCGAAUUCGGGGAUGUCAAGACGAAGAAGAAAGCAUCGUAAUUGGCCAGACAGUCGUCCGAUGUACUAUCUUACGGCAACGCGUCGUUACAUCUCAUCUUUACACGGAAUUUUGAAUCCGGUGACCGUAAACAUCCCUGACGGACCUUGAUGAGCGACCAGAAGAAUUCGUCGAUGUGCCAACCGAAGAUCUUAUCGAUGCGUUAAGAAGGUACACCAAGUUACACAGGAUGUACGUCGAAGUAGGCAAGUGCCGAGACGCUUCCAGGAUCUGAUAGAGACUUCAAAUCACGAGUGCCCUGGGUUUAUUCCUGAACUAGUAUUUCUUUUCUCAAUGACGUUAAAAAUCGACAAUUUAUACACGCGAGGCGCAACGAGAAUACCAACGAGAGGGUGUCGAAACGUCCCGACGAGUCAAGGCCAUUGCGAUGCUGCUCUUCUCUACGAUAGCAUAACGCUCCUCUCAUAAUGCCGGCUAGCUCACCCAUUUACGAAAUUUCACAACGUGCCCACCGCAUAAUUCUCGACCGUGGACGAGACCGGAAUAUCGCGAAUCUUAUCAGCGGAUCAGUGACGAAAUGCUGAGAAAAGGGUCACGAGAAACGAAAAGUGACGACUCCUCUCGAUUUGGUCGACAUUCCAGAAAUUGAUAACCAGGACUCUUCAGGUCAACGAUGAUAGUCUCAAUAGUGGCCGUCCUGAUUAGCUCGGAAGUGCUAAUUAACAGUGGUUCAGCUGAGACUGUGAUAACAGCCGAUCAUGGCCUCAGCUGGAACGUGCAGACGGACGAGAAGUUUCCCGACGAGAUUGACUGGGAAAAUCAUCCCUGUAGACGAACAUGCCAGGAAAAUGCCCCGCCGAUGGAGUGUCAUUACGAAUUCAGGGUGGAGGCUUACUACACGAUGAGCAAAGCUUGUUACGACUGUCCGUUCAAUUACACGGAUUGCUUUCGACCUCACUGUGUCGCCGGAGACGGUGUCGAGAGACCUCUCAUCGUGGUCAAUCGACAAAUGCCGGGACCCUCGAUCGAAGUAUGCCAAGGCGACAGGUUGAUCAUUGACGUCACGAACAUGAUGCCCACCGAGAGCACGACGAUCCAUUGGCAUGGUCAGCAACAUCCGGGAACCCCAUACAUGGAUGGGGUUCCCUACGUGACGCAGUGCCCGAUUUUACCUGGUGCCACCUUCAGGUACCAUUACACCGCUGCUACUUCCGGUACUCACUUUUGGCACUCCCACUCAGGAUUCCACCGAGGCGAUGGGGUCUUCGGCGCUCUGAUUGUUCGAGUUCCUCCCUCUCGAGACCACCAUAAAGACCUCUAUGAUUACGACGAGCAUAAUUUAGUCAUCCUCGACUGGCUACACGAAUCCGGGGUAGAAAAGUUCCUGGCCCAUCAUCACGCUAAUGGGGACAACAAGUCUCCGAAUUUACUAGUCAAUGGUUUAGGGCGCUUCAAACCGAUCCAGUCUGAAAAUGGCACUCUUGUCGACAUGCCUGUCGCGGUAGUCUCAGUAAAACAGAAUUUCAGAUAUCGGCUGAGGAUUAUCAAUGCGGAGUUUUUGAAUUGCCCGAUCGAGGUGUCGAUUGACAAUCAUACGAUUUAUGUCGUCAGUUCUGAUGGGAACGACUUCGAGCCGAUUGAAGCUGAAUCCGUCGUCACCUAUGCAGGAGAGCGAUUCGACGUGAUAGUGGAGAUGAACCAAGAUGUUGGGAAUUAUUGGAUAAGGUUUCGUGGAUUAAUGGACUGCGACGAGAGGUUUCUCAGUGCGUAUCAAGUUGCUAUCCUGCGGUAUGAGGGAGCACCUGAGAUCGAUCCCAAGGAAACAGUGUCUUAUGAGCGUGUGCCUACAACUUCGGAUGCUUUGCAAGUGAACACGUUGAACCAAGGCAUGGAGACAGACACCGUCAUCAGUGUGCCGCUGUUGGAUUCUUUAGAUCCUGACGAUGAAUCGAAUACUCGCAAGCCUGAUUACCAGUUCUAUAUUUCCUACGACUUCUACGACAAGGACAAUCCGGAUUUCCAUCGUAAAAACCUUUAUGGUUUCCACCAAGUCAAAGACAAACGCCAGAGACUUUUCACGCCACAACUGAACCACAUCACGUUGAAGCUUCCACCAUACCCGUUACUCUCUCAGAGAGAUUCUAUUUCGACGGAACAGUUCUGCAAUGCCAGUACCGUAGAAGGAUGCGUAGAAGAUUUCUGUGCCUGUACACACGUACUACAGGUCAAACUCGGAAGCGUCGUCGAGCUUGUGCUGGUUGACAAAGGUUUCACUUUUGAUGCCAAUCAUCCCUUCCAUUUACAUGGUCACUCGUUUCGCGUCGUGUCCAUGGCAAGAGUCGGCAAAAACGUCACCGUUGAGGAAGUGAAAAACCUAGACAAGCGAGGUCUGAUCCACAGGAAACUGAAACGUGCUCCGAUUAAGGAUACCGUCACCGUCCCUGACGGUGGCUACACGAUUUUAAGGUUUCAUGCUAAUAAUCCUGGAUACUGGAUUUUCCACUGUCACAUCGAGUUCCAUGUCGAGCUGGGCAUGGCCUUGAUCUUUAAAAUUGGCGAACAUGAAGAAUUUCCACCAGUGCCACGAGAUUUCCCAAAAUGUGGGAAUUGGUUGCCAUCGGGCAGACCGGAAAUUACAGGAGAGCUUUGGAGUAAAUUUUUGACGUCGACGACAGAAGUUUUACCGCAUGAGAAUGAGGUCGAUGACACUCGGCCUACUAAAAUUUCAUUUAUGACAUGGAUUCCCCUGAUUUUUGGAGAAUUCAAAGCCUCCUCGUCCGCGAGUUGUCACGCCGUGGGAAUUCUGAUACUUGUAACUUGUCUGAUUAUAAGCCCUCUUACUUCUUAGUAGCAUUUCAUGUCGAGUACCGAACUGUACCUGUACACGGACGAAUACCUUACAGAGUAUUCAACAAGUGUUAACUUUAAUGUCAGCGUGAUAGUAAUGUAAGAAUAUCUUUCAUCGAAGUUCGCUAGGCAGGAUUUGAGAAUUUCACAUGAGGAGUCUUUGGAAUCCUAACCUAGGUAAUAGUAUUAAUAGAUCAUUGGGGUGUAUCGAUGCUGUGAUAUGUAAAAGUAGAUAUUAUAUUUCUAUGUAUAUAUGUACUGAUGUGGCACUUCAUUCCGAAUUGUCGCUUUUUGGAACGUAAUGACAUUUAGGGGCAAACGGUGCCAUACCUGACUCGUAUGUUGUACAUUGGAUGGCCAAAUAAUUCUGACUCGAAAGUAUUUUUUAUAUUCUAAGUACAUUUUGAUGAAUAUUUUAGGCACAAUCAAGUCAGAGUUAUCUUCCCAGUACUGUAGAUAAGGGUUGUGCGUGCAAUCAAUAUGUUGUGACAAACUAAAAUUAAUAUUUUUUGGAAACGACUGAAUUUUGUCUUUCGCUACCUUUUAAAUACUAAUAUGAGUCUACCGUUACUGCAGGUAUAACAAUAGGAAGAAAUUUAAAAAAUGUGAACCAAGGUGUCAAGAUGGAAACAAUGAAUUCUGAGAAAUGUAAUAAAAAAUGUUAUAUUUACA